ACGACGACGACCAUGGACUGGAGUAGUGUCCUCUUCGGUGUAACAAACUUUUAGCGUUUAGUUUGGAUCCGGGGGAAACGGAGUGAGGUGGGGGAGCUGCACAGAGCAGUCAUGGGGGAGAUCGAGGGUUCGUACCGGGUCCUGCAGACCCCUGGGACAAGGCUGGGAGCCCAGUUCAAUGCUGGUAUCAGCACUCUGGAGCCGGGCCAGAGCCUCAGUGGCAACAUGGUGAGCGGGAGCAAAAGCCAUGGGCGAGGGCUGCAGAUCCGUGUGCAGGGCCUGGAUGACUCCCAGGAGUUCUUUGAUAUCGACCCAAAAGCUUUUGGACAGACCCUCCUCUCUGAGGUUUUCCUGAGAGGCAACCUCAUAGAGAGUGAUUACUUUGGCCUGGAGUUUCAGAACAUGCAGAUGAACUGGGUUUGGCUGGAACCCACAAAACCCGUCGUGAAACAAGUGAGAAGACCAGCAAAUGUGCUAUUUAGACUGUCGGUGAAAUUCUUUCCUCCAGACCCCGGUCAGCUGCAGGAGGAGUACACGAGGUACUUGUUCUCGCUGCAGAUGAAGAGAGAUCUGAUGGAGGGCAGGUUGAUCUGCACAGAAAAUACUGGAGCCCUGCUGGCCUCUCACCUGGUCCAGUCGGAGAUUGGCGACUACGAUGAUGUAGCUGACAGGGACUUCCUGAGGACGAACAAGCUGUUGCCUUACCAGGAGAAGGUGCAAGAGAGGAUCAUGGAGCUCCACCGCAGACACCUGGGACAGACUCCAGCUGAAUCAGAUUUCCAAAUCCUGGAGAUUGCCCGAAAACUGGAGAUGUACGGCGUCCGCUUCCACCCGGCAGCUGACCGAGAAGGCACCAAAAUUAAUCUGGCUGUUUCUCAUAUGGGCCUUCAGGUCUUUCAGGGCAACACCAAAAUAAAUACCUUCAAUUGGUCCAAGAUUCGCAAACUGAGCUUCAAGAGAAAACGUUUCCUGAUCAAACUCCACCCAGAGGUUCAUGGGCCCCAUCAGGACACGCUGGAGUUCAUGAUGGCCAGUCGAGACCAGUGUAAAAUCUUUUGGAAGAUCUGCGUGGAGUACCACUCGUUUUUCCGUUUGUUUGACCAACCACAACCCAAAUCCAAAGCUAUCCUCUUCACGAGAGGCUCUUCCUUCAGAUACAGUGGAAGGACCCAGAAGCAACUUGUGGACUACGUCAGGGAAAACGGAGCAAAGAGAACGCCAUACCAGAGGAGGAACAGUAAAAUACGAAUGUCUGCUCGCUCCCUCGCCACAGACGUGCCAAAACAGAGCUUGUCAUUCAAUGACAGUCUCAGGGCCCAAGGCUCCCCUUCCUCCGCUGCUGUGUCCUUCUACCCAACGCACAUCUCUAGCAUUCUCUCGCGAACAGAACUCCAACCUCUGUCCCAGCCUUUGUCCACACUGAGCCAGUCUCCAGCACCUCCACAGCAGCAGCAGCAGAUUCAGUCCCCCCUGCAAGCUACCAGACCCCCCAGCCCUCCGAGGGAAGAUCCUGUCAAGGCUGCUUCCCCAUCUCACUACGCUUUUCAAGAUUCAGUCAUCGACAGCCCUCAGCUCUCGCCCUUCAACCCCAAAGGUCCCCUCUGCCUCUCACCCUCCUUCCAGAUGUCCACCCUCAGCCUGCCGGGCCAGGCCCCGUCGCCCCUGCAAAGCCCCAUCCUGAGCGAGGUGGGCAGCAAUGCCAGGCUAGAGGAGGAGGAGGAGGGCAGGAGGAAGCGAUAUCCCACCGAUAAGGCCUACUUCAUUGCCAAAGAGAUUCUGACCACAGAGCGAACGUACCUGAAAGACCUCGAGGUCAUCACUGUGUGGUUCCGCAGCGCUGUGAUCAAAGAAAACGCCAUGCCCGAAGGCCUGAUGACCCUCCUCUUCUCCAACAUCGACCCUAUCUAUGAGUUCCAUCGAGGCUUCCUCAAGGAGUUAGACCAGAGGCUGGCUCUCUGGGAGGGACGUUCUAACGCUCACGUCAAAGGGGACUACCAGAGGAUUGGCGACGUGAUGCUGAGGAACAUGUGUGCUCUAAAGGAAUUCACCAGCUACCUGCAGAAGCAUGAUGAGGUGUUGACGGAGCUGGAGAAAGCCACCAAGAGGCUGAAGAAGCUGGAGACGGUCUACAAAGAGUUUGAGCUGCAGAAAGUCUGCUACCUGCCCCUCAACACGUUCCUGCUCAAGCCCAUCCAGCGCCUCAUGCACUACAAACUCAUCCUGGAGAGACUAUGCAAGCAUUAUUCUCCCACCCACCGCGACCACGACGACUGCAAGGAGGCUCUGAAGGAAGUGGCGGAGAUAGCCACUCAGCUCCAGAGUAGUCUCAUCCGGCUGGAGAACUUCCAGAAGCUGACAGAGCUGCAGAGAGACCUGAUCGGGGUCGAGAACUUAACGGCACCAGGCAGAGAGUUCAUACGAGAGGGAUGUCUUUACAAGCUGACCAAGAAAGGACUGCAACAGAGAAUGUUUUUCCUGUUCUCGGACAUGCUCCUCUACACAAGCAAAGGUGUGACCGCCACCAAUCAGUUCAAAGUGCACGGCCAGCUGCCCCUUCAUGGCAUGAUACUCAUAGUGCUGGAUGCACCGGUUGAGGAAAGCGAAAACGAGUGGUCGGUCCCCCACUGCUUCACCAUCUACUCUGCUCAGAGGACCAUCGUAGUGGCUGCCAGCUCUAAAGUGGAGAUGGGGAAGUGGAUCGAGGAUCUGAACAUGGCUAUUGACAUGGCCAAGAAGUCACAAGAGAAAUCCAGCAUCUUCCUUGACGCCGGACUCGGCGAUCACUCCAACCGGUCGUCUGACGAGGUUUCUCUGGAGCAGGAGUCGGAGGAUGACAUGAACUCCUCCCGCACUUCACUGGACAAGCAGACACACCACCGUGCCAACACCACCAUGCACGUGUGCUGGCACCGCAACACCAGUGUGUCAAUGUCUGAUCACAGCCUGGCUGUGGAGAACCAGCUCUCAGGUUACCUCCUGAGGAAGUUCAAGAACAGUAAUGGCUGGCAGAAACUCUGGGUCGUUUUCACCAACUUCUGCUUGUUCUUCUACAAGACUCACCAGGAUGACUUCCCGCUGGCCAGCCUCCCCCUGCUCGGCUACACGGUCAGCACCCCUGAAGAGUCCGACAGCAUCCACAAGGAGUACGUCUUCAAACUGCAGUUCAAGUCCCAUGUUUACUUUUUCCGGGCGGAGAGCGAGUACACCUUUGAAAGAUGGAUGGAGGUGAUCAAAAGUGCGGCCAGCACUACGGGCCGGAUGAGCCUGCUCAUACCCAAAGGAGGUCCCGUGGAGAUAAACGGAAACUGAAUCAGACAUCGUGUAUCUGGAGGCUGGGCCUCCAGGACAUCAUGAAACUGUCCGCUCUCGCUCUCACUGCUGCGUUCAGGUGAAGCGAACGCUCGGACGGCGACAACUGGAGACUGAAAGAUGCUGCCAGUUUAAGUGUUAACGUUUCUCAGCUUAAGGAUUUAAUUCUAAUGGUCUGUGCUUUUUUUUUCUUGAUUAAUGAUGUAAAUGAUAGCAUUGGUUCCUGUAUACAGGAUAUAAUGAAAGGGAGACAUGUAUAUUUUGAUCAGUUUUUUUUUUUUUUUUUGCAUGUGUAGUGCUCAGUUGUUCAUGUACACUGAUGGGAAAUACUGUAACAUGGGACCAACUCCAAAACAAAGGGUUUAAAUCAGACUUUUUCUCUUGAACACAUGACUGAAGCUGUGCUGCGUUCAGCACUGUGCUGUGACUGGGACACGGAUGAUAUACAGUAUGUGGAAACUGAAGGUACAGGAGAGUGUAAGAGUCAGAGAUGUGCGUGAGAUGGAGGCGAGCAGAAGGUUCAUGGGACGUUCAAAGUCAGUCAGUUUUGCAGAUGUUUUGGGAAAUUCGUGCUGCUGUCGGGACGGUGACACACAGCGAUUUUGGCUUCAAACAUUUGGCAAAGUGCACAUUUCUGAGGCUUUUGGGAAUAAACCUGCAUGAACUGUUAGUGUAACACCUUCUGAGGCUUUAGUUGCCUGUUAAUGGAAGGAUGCAAAGGAUGUUUCAGAUGUUCAAAAGGGAGCUUCUCUGCGUGAAUGUCCUGAUAGUUAGACAACAUUACGGCCAGUGUGGUGCUACAUUUCUCUCUUUAAUAUCAAAUGUAAUCAAGUGUAUCCUGUUUUUAUCGUUGCAUAGGGAUAACAACCUGAGGAAAUGCUGUGUAGUGUUGAAUCCGUGUAAAAGUUUCCUUCUUAAAACAAACCAGAAGAACAUUAAGUAUUUUGAAGUAAUCGUACGUGGAGAUGAUGUCUUGCUGUGUGUCGGACUGUUUUAGACAAAUUGGAGCUGACUUGUGGGAGACACCAGUGACACUUACUGUCAGUCAUAUAAUGCGCUAACUGCAACCAUGGUAUUAUUUGGUAUAUUUUUUUUGUAUGAAGACUGGAAUCCUUACCCGUGUGUGUGUGUGUGUGUGUGUGUGUGUGUGUGUGUGUGUGUGUGUGUGUGUGUGUGUGUGUGUGUGUGUGUGUGUGUGUGUGUGUGUGUGUGUGUGUGUGUGUGUGUGUGUGUGUGUGUGUGUGUGUGUGUGUGUGUGUGUGUGCGCAGAGAAGCCACUGGAGUUGUAACUUGAGGUGAUGAUGGAGUUCAUCUCCAAACCAUCUGACAUUCUGUGUGUGUAAGAAACUGAACAUACAGAAUGUUCCUCCUAUUUAUUGUCUAGCAUGUCACCGGGGCAGCUGACUGCCCUCAUGUAGUCCUCAUCUUAUUCCAUUGAAAACCUAACAAAUAAAAACC